CGAGCUUGCGGGAGCGGAGCGCGCGGACGCUACAAAUAAAGGAAGGCGCGCACCUGCGAGCCUUCACAGCUCUGGAAAGACAGAAGAACCUGAACAUCAUCCUCCUGAAUUUCAGCUCAUCUCAGUGUAUUUAAAAGGUGCGGAUCUGAGGAUGUCCUGCGGUUGGUUGCUCGUGUUGUUCUCUCAUGUGCUGCUGUUGCUCGCUUGUCCUGGACUAUCGCGCUGUGCGCUCGACUAUGCGUCAAUCACGGACAACAGCGACCCCCAGUCUGAGCACAAUGAGAAACGAUAUAAUGAUAUCGAUUAUGACAGUUUCAUCGGCCUAAUGGGCAGGAGGAGUGCAGGAACAAAUCGUGACACAAAUUCACCAUUUAGACCUAAUAUGAAUGACAUCUUUAUUGGAUUGUUGGGACGGAGAAACACUGUGCCUGCUAUUCCUGCUUGGAGAGGACAGAGAAGAGGCAACAUUUUCUUAAAGGACAGAAAGCUGAGGUGAGAAUUUGUUUUGCUGUGGUGUAUGAAGCGUAAUCUCAUCUGUCUCAUCCACCAUGCAAUUCUGCCAUUCUGAAGAAAAAAAUAUCUGUCUUUGUACAAUAACUAAGCUGUAUGAGUUCUAUUGUCAGUGUGUUCAUUGUAGUAUAUUUUGUCUUUUAUAUGUAAUGUAAGAAUUCUUACAAGCCAUUAAGAUUUCAAAAUACAGAACACACCAGACUCAAAUCAGAUGAAGGAUGUUUUGAUAGACUUACAAUUCAGGACUCCUGGGAUGAAAAGACAGAUGUGGGAAGACUGAAGAAUGCUCAUACCUUAAUAAUUUGAACAUAUGCUAAUUUCAUAUGCUUUAAACUAUACUAUUUUACUUUAUUUAUUCAUUCAUAAAAGAGACCACAUAAAAACAGUUUACUGUAAAAUAAUUCUUUAUUUAAUAUGCUGGUUAUCAUUCCCCGUUGAAUCAUUCUUGUCACACAUUUGCCACACACACUCUUUUAUAAAUAAAAGAUUGCUGUGGAAGUACUGUACAGAAUUCCCUUUGUACAUAAAAGACCUUACCGACAAAAGAGAGUAAGAAAGGAACAAAUAUACCUUUGGAUUAAAGACAAGGGCAUGAAAUGCAUGAAUUCAGAAAUGCAGAUUCGCUUUAA